CUCACUGGGUUUGAGAAUGUGUUUGCUAUCUGCCAGCUGAUUUCUGCUUUGGCAUUCUGAGCAGCAGGUAGAGAGAAGCAGACAAAAUGCUCUGUUUUUAAGGUAUUUUGAGCGGAAUUUCAAUUUAAGAGACCAAGAAGAAAACCAAGGAAAUUUGAGCUUGAGGAAGUAAGGGAGUGCCUUACAAAAAUGUUGAGAGACAGUGAAGCUAGAGGAAGCGAAGGCAGAGGCAACCAUUAAGGGAUGUUUUAACCACAUCCUUGCCUCAGUCAAAAUUUUUUUUUUAAAAUAAGCUGUGAGAGUUUCCCUCCAUCUUGUUGAACUCAAAGAGAGUCAUCAGCAGAAGCAAAAGCAACAGGACCGGGGGGAGAUGGCCUUCAGUCCCUGGCAGAUGCUAUCCCCCGUCCACUGGGCCAAAUGGACCUGGUCAGCGGUCCGAGGAGGGGGUGAGGGGGGUGAGGAAGAGGCGGAGGAGGAGGAAGAGAAGUCUCUGAGCUGCAGCUCGGACUCAGAGGGUAACUUUGAGACCCCUGAGGCAGAGACGCCUGUACACGCCCCCCUGAAAGACAUCUCGGAGGAGCCCCUUGAUAAUUCACCAUCCAAGAGAGCAGAAUUGCUGGAAAAUGAACAACUGAUCUCCAAAACGAUCGAACAUCCGAAUCGUUACCGGGAUAAAAACUCGAACCAGCAUGAGAUCACCAGCACCUGCUCUGUGGCAGAAAAGAACAAUCUAGACCAACUAAAUAAUGAGGUGGUGAAGCAAUUAGCCAACCUUCAAAUAUCAGAAGAGGCAACACAGAAGGCACCAACAGGACAACCUACUUUGGGGGAAGGCCAGACCUUGCCAUCAGAUGCCUUAGACACAAGCCAGGAGGCUCUGUCUGAAGAACAGAUGGUGGUCACCACAGAAGAAGUCGCUGAGCCCCAGACUGCCAGUGAAUCUGCACCCGUGAAGGGCAAACCCAAAAAGAACCGACCUUCGUCCCUCAAAAUGAUGGCGGACCAUCAAGAACCAGAAGAAGAUGAGAUCCCUGUUCCAAAAGUGGCCUACAACUUCAACCCAGAUGAAUACAAUGAUAACGUCAACCCUUUUGUCUUGGGUGGAUCCAAGUUGCAGAACUCUCCACCUGCUGCCAGCACUAUCAAGACUGACUCUGAAAUUCCUGAUGCCAAGGCUAACCUGGAGGAGACGACAGGUCCCGUCAUGAAGAUGGAGUUCGAUUUCACUGACAAUAAAGAGAAUGGGGAUGUCAAGAAGCCCAUGCCUAGAAAACUGGGCAAAAAGCUGGGGAGUAAGCUCACACCUAAAAAACAGAAACCCGUUGCCAAACCUAUUGAGCACCCAGAGAACUCAACCACCCAAAACUUAGACGAUGUCCCCAUCUCGAAAUCAUCCUAUAAUUCAGACCCCAGCAAGUGGGACGAUCCUGACUUUAACCCAUUCAACUCCAGUACAGGCUGCUCUCCCAGCCUUCCAAAGGGAUCCUAUAGCUUUAACACUGAAAGCUUUGAUGACUCCAUUGAUCCUUUUAAGCCUUCCAAGACCUUGGCUCUUGCCCCAUCUGAGGACACUCCUUUACUUGACAAGCUCACAGAAGAUCUGGAAUCCCAGAAACUUGAACUGCCCAUCAAGGCUGAGGGGAAAGCGAGAAUGUCACCAAAGAAGACCAAGUCGAGGUUAAUAACGACUUCUGAGCAAGUGAGGUUUCUCUGUUUUCUGCUUGGUGCCUGCAAAGUAAAGAAGUAUGAAAACCAGUCCCUGAUAUUGGAUAUCUGUGGUCAGGAGGAUGAGCCGGUGACGGCAGAAGCACACAGAGAGGGUCAUGCCACCGACGAAGAAAAACUGGCAUCAACCACAUCCAAUCAGAAGCAGCCACCGACCGAGGUCAAAGGGGACAACGAUGAUGAGUUUUUCGAGUGCUCCAACGCGCCUGAGUCCACCCUCGCAAAGAAACACCCGGCUGAGGGUCUGGAAAAAGCAGUAGCCAGUUCCUUGGCAGAGACGGAAUCCUGCUCACCUUACAUCGACCCGGCUGAAACAAAAAGCAAGCUGACGGGAAACGAAGGCCAAGGAAAAGGAAGCCCCGUCUUCGACACGAUCUGCAUCAAUGAGGCAGACAAAGAGGCUGUGCUGACCCUGAUCAGAGAAGAGAUCAUCUCUAAAGAAAUUGAAACCAAUGAAUGGAAGAGGAAAUACGAAGAAAGCCGACAAGAAGUGUUUGAAAUGAGGAAAAUUGUAGCAGAGUAUGAGAAAACAAUUUCACAGAUGAUAGAGGACGAGCAACGCACCGCAAUGAGCUCUCAGCAGGGCCUUCAGCAGCUCACCCUGGAGAAGGAACAAGCCAUCUCUGACCUCAACUCAGUGGAGCGCUCCCUGUCAGAACUGUUCCGCAGAUAUGAGAACAUGAAGGGAGUCCUGGAGGGGUAUAAGAAGAAUGAAGAGGUUCUAAAGAGGUGUGCCCAGGAGUACCUGGCCAGGGUGAAGCAGGAGGAGCAGCGCUACCAGACUCUCAAGAUUCACGCCGAGGAGAAACUAGACAAGGCAAAUGAAGACAUUGCUCAGGUCCGCUCCAAAGCCAAUUCGGAAGCUGCAGCCUUUCACGCCAGUCUAAGGAAAGAGCAAAUGAAGGUGGAUUCCUUGGAGAGAGCACUUCAACAGAAGAAUCAAGAAAUUGAAGAGCUCACCAAGAUCUGUGAUGAGCUCAUAGCCAAACUUGGAAGAAGUGACUGAAUCUUUUCAGUACAGUAACCCCCACCCCACCCCAACCCCCCUGCCCGUAUUGAACACUGUGCACGCAACAGCUAUUAGUACCUGCCUUACCUAGCAGAGACCACGCCCUAUAGAAUGCAUUCAGACCCUGUUAGCUGGUUAACAUCCACCUGGACUUAAAGCCAAAAACGAAGAGCGAACCCCAGCUGCAAAAUCGCUUCCACGCAGUUUCUGUCUCAUUUGAAUAUACUCCUAAAAAUGAGCAGCAGAAUUUCCUGGCAGGACUAGACCUUGAAAGAACAGCAGAACAAGCUGUAUCCCCAGUGUGAUUUCCAAGCGGGAUAGAAGCUGCGCUUUUCCAUAUAGAUGCCUGCUGCACACCAGAUCAACCAGAAAGACUAGCAAACAUGUUAAGUGGUUCACUGUAGUGGAUGCCAGUGUUCAUAUGCAAAAACUACUUUGGUUGUUUUAUUUUAUAUGCAAUUUCCCUUAUUGUCCAAGAGGGACAAAAAUGUACUCUUUUUUUUGCCUCAAACACAUGAAAGGAUAGUAUUGAAAUAAAAGAAGAAAUUUAAAAGAUGGUAUGCCAUGUAUACCGUACCACAAACCUUAUAUUUUGUGCAAUUUUAAUAGUUUUUUUUUUUUUUUUUUUUUUUUUUUUUUUUUUUUUUGGUUGCUGUAGAUAUUUAACAUACAUCACAAAUUGAAAGAAAGAAAUAGUUUAAAAAUAAUAAUAAUAACAAAGGAUGCAUGAUAACUAUGCACAUCAACAACUACAGCGAACUACCUUACAAAACAAAGUAUUUCUCCAAGUGGAAAUUUACUGGCUCUCACCCCAAUGGAGGAACUUGAAUCUCCAAGAUGACUCAGGGUACAGAUCAAGCACAGAAGCAGGGUUCUGGAAAUCUGUUUGCAAGUAUACUGCAGGGAGAAGGCAAUCUGCAUACCUUCUUUGAGCCCUGAGCUGAAUUCAGAGUGUAAGCUGGAACCAGUAUCCCAUUGAAAUCCAUGGCCCCUCUCUUAAGAGUGAAGGCUUGAUCGCAAUUGUUUACUGAAAACCCCUUUGCUGCUACAGUCUAGCUGAAAAGCAAUAGGUGUGACUUCAUGAUUUUUUUUUCUUCUAUUGCCAAUGUUUAAAUCUAUAUAAUGUAAAUAGAAGGUCGAUAUUGUAUGUGACAUGCUGUAUGUUACAGAAUUGAUUCCCUGUGCAGUUCAUGGAAUAUAGCAGUGGUACAUGAUCAGUCUUUUUCCAAUGUGGAGUGCCUGUUUGGUGUUGGUUUUUACCAGUUCCUCUUUGGAUGGGGAAGUGAGCAGUGAUUUGCUUCUAUUCUAAAGUGGCAAAGUGAAAAAACUGGAUGUCAAUUUUUAUAUUGAAUUUCAACAAAGUUUAAUAGAUUUAAAAAGUAAGUGUGCAGUUUCUGAAGAAUGCAUGCAUACAUUUUAAACAUAACCAACUCAAACUUUUAAAAGGAACCAUGCAAAUAAUUCUGGUUCCAUUUGACUGUCGUUCGCAGACCAGUGAACUAAAUUCAAUUAGAGUUCCAAUCAAAUAAACAAGCUCUCCAGGUGCAUGGCAAAGCUGAACCUUCCUUAAGUACGAGUCAGGAGUUGCAUUCAUUUGCUUGUAAGAUAUGUUGCCUGUUCCACUGUUAAAGGCAGGCUUAUUAUUGUAUUCACAGUGGAGGCUUGUCUCUUUGGUGCUCACACAGUGAAGAGCUCUUAACGUUAACCAUUUAAACUGCAGCACAGAUACGGCCACCUGCAAGGUACGAAAGCUGUUGAUCAUACACCUAAGGUUUUGUGAUUAUUUAUAUAGAACAUUUACAACAGGAAGAAAAUGAUCUAUCCUUUCUGGCUUUUUACUUAUACAAUAUCAGGACUGAGUUGCGCUUUGUAGAUUUUUUCCCUUCGCAAGGCCGUAGUUAAGUACCACGCAGGUUGAAGCCCAUCAGAACAGGACACAGCAUACUCUUUACAUACAUCUACGAAACAGUAUGAAAAAAAAAAGUGCAGAUCUAGUUAAGACUCAUCUCUUCAGAUGUAUAUAAGAAAACACCUUUUAGAUCAAACCAUGCUGAGGAAAAGUAUGAAUAAAUAUCUGUGUAUUUAACUAUAGUAAUUAAAUGAAAGUGAACAAAUAUACAACAUUUUAUUUCUUCACCACUAAUAAGCAACACACAGUGUAUGUAUAUAAAAUGUUAAACUUUUUCAAAACAUUUAAUGAAAAAAUGACUCUAGGAAGCUAAGUAACAGCAACACCAAGAUAAUACAGUUCCUCAUAAGACUUUACGCGAGUAUUCGAGAUUUUAAAAAAAUGCAUUUUAGAAAGUUGCUUAUUGACAAAGUUCCCAUACAGUGAUGAAAUAUCGUAGGGGGUUUUAUGUGAAAUGUUAACUGUAUAAUAAAAACACCAUUUUGGGAAACCCCUUUUAAAAAGAAGGGGCAGGAAGAAUUUAUUUUGCAAACAAUCCAAGUUGGACUUUGUCGUGGAUUUCAGUAACUUCUUCAGGUCGAUAGGGGUUCUGUUGAUAAACUGGGUUUUAUUUGAAACGUUAAACUGUGGGAGAAUGUGUCGGAGACACAGAGGAGUUCUAUUUCAUUGUGAAUUUGAAGAGGAUUGUGGGACUCUGCAGCUUGAAGCUCCAUCCUUCACACGGCCCCGCUGUGUAUAUUUGUCAGGUGGUUUGGUUUGUGCCAGGGAGGGAUGAGAAACACAGUUCAGCUACAGGAGUGUAUGCUAACUCUACCAGCAUAUUGGAUAAAUAAUCCUGUUAUAAACUCCAUUCUCCUGACUGUGCCAUUGCUAUUGCUAUCAAGUGCCAACAGACAUUGCUGUAUAUUUAUGCCAAAUGUAAAUGGUAUGGUUCAUAAGUCUUAUUUAACAAAGAGAAGCAACUAAUCAGUCUUUUGAGAUAUAUUAUUUUGUAUUAUUUCUAUCCACUGCUGCCAUAUCUCUGCGUAUGUUUUAAGUGCAAACUUCUCCCCCUUUUUUAAUGCCAUACAUAUUUGUAAAGUUAAACUUACACAGAUGUAAUGAAAUUAUAAUGUUUACUAAUAUAUAUAUUUUUUUCUCAUAUCUCAUUGCCUGAAUAAAACGAUCACGAUCAUCACUGUC